UGUGUAUAAUAACUGUUUCAAUAAUUGCUCUAGUACGAAUUUUCAAUUUCCAAAUUCAUAUAUAACCCAAGUUUCAACACCAACACAACUAGGGGAACCACAACAUCAAACUCACUUCGCCGCAUUUACCUCUCUUGUUGUUUCAUGCUCAAUAUCUCUAACUCUAGAUCACUAACCUCACUGCCACUAUAGUGUCAUUUUCUCUCAACAAGGUUCAUUUUGGGGUAUGAUCUCUUUUGGUUUCAUUCUUACUUGUUGAGCUGGUGAUACUGAUAGAUAUUAGAUACUAAUUUUUAGUGAGUGUGGUUUUUGUGGUAGAGAAGUUACAAGUUUUAUAGGAAAAUGGCGGGUUGUUCUUCGAAUUUUGGGGUGGCGCGUGUUGUUAGUUUAGGGAAAGAAUCUGUUUUGAGGAAGAAUGUAAAUCAAUAUUCAAGUUUUAGGAGUAUGAUGUUCUUAAAUGAGGCUGCAUUUCCGUCCAUUUGUGUGAACAAGUGUGGUGGUGGAUCGUAUGCGUCUAUACAAAAGAAAAAGAUGUUUUUGACAAUGUGUAUGUCACAGUCGUCGGCUGAAUCGCAGCCUUCUGUAACUAGGAUAGAGUUGUCGAACGAGGGAGGUGAUAGUAACGUGGGAAAGGAACUCGAAAUUUUGGAUAGUGUGUCGGAUUCCAGGAGUGUUGGAAAUGAAAGUAAUGGAGUUGUGUUUGAUGGUAGUGGUGGUAAUGGGAGCUUUGGAAAUGGUGGAGUGGGAGGCGGUGGUGGUGGUGGUGAUGAUGAUGGUGACGAAAAAGAAGAGGGGGAGUUUGGACCUAUGCUGAAAUAUGACGAGGUAUUGAGAGAGACGGAGGCACGUGGUGUUACUCUUCCUUCUGAUAUGUUGGAGGCUGCCAAGAAUGUGGGAAUCCCAAAGUUGCUUCUUCUUAGAUAUUUGGAUUUAGAGGGAUCUUUUUGGCCUUUAGGAUUUGCGAUGAGAUCAUGCUCUAUCCUUCGCAAUCGAAUGCUGGCUGAUCCGGCAUUUCUUUUCAAAAUUGGCUCAGAGAUCGUAAUUGAUUCUUGUUGUGCUACUGUUGCUGAAUAUCAAAAGAGAGGCAAAGACUUUUGGAAUGAAUUCGAGUUGUAUGUUGCAGAUCUUCUUGUUGGGUUGGUUGUUAAUGUUGCUUUGGUAGGAAUGUUGGCACCUUAUGCUCGAAUCGGAAAACCAUCAAUAUCUAAGGGAUUUCUCGGAAGUAUGCAGAAAGCUUACGCAGCUUUGCCUAGCAGUGUAUUUGAAGCUGAAAGGCCAGGAUGUAGAUUUUCUGUACAGCAGAGACUUGGAACAUACUUCUUCAAGGGUAUAAUGUAUGGAGCCGUUGGAUUUGGAUGCGGUAUUAUAGGCCAAGGCAUUGCAAACAUGAUCAUGACUGCAAAGCGGAGCAUAAAGACAUCAGAAGACGACGUACCAGUACCUCCUCUUUUGAAGAGUGCUGCUCUUUGGGGUGUGUUCCUUGCCGUAUCUUCAAACACGCGAUACCAAAUCGUCAAUGGACUCGAACGUUUGGUAGAAACCUCACCAAUGGCAAAGCAGGUUCCGCCAGUUGCUCUGGCUUUCACAGUUGGCGUGCGUUUCGCCAACAAUGUUUAUGGUGGCAUGCAGUUUGUUGACUGGGCUAGGUGGAGUGGGGUGCAAUAGUUGCUUUCAUUACCUUGUUUUGUAAUGUAUUGUAGUCUUGUAGAUGUAAUAUUCUAGCCAUAAAUUUUGUUUAAGGUUGAAGCUUAAAUUUCUACCUCAAGGUUCAUGGACCUAUAAUGAAUAACCAAAGGUUAUGGGUUCCAUGUUUUGAGCUAGAAAAAUUUUAGGCAAUAAUUUGGAGGAUGUCUAUUUGAUCUCUCUAUUUUAAUAAUAAGCCUUCACGAGGAAAUCUA